AUGAGGGCUCUCACUGAUGUGGAGACACAAACGCUCUUCAGCAAACUUGCCAACUACACUGGGCGCUCGCUGACCCAACUGAUCGCACCGAGUGAUUCUACCGGCGGCGACGAUGAUCGCCACGUUUUCCGCCUCCACGAGUCUCGAGUGUAUUAUGUCCGUUUAUCGAUCGCGAAUUUGGCAACAUCGAUUGCCCGCGACAACCUCCUCUCUCUCGGCACCUGCAUAGGCAAGUUCACAAAAACGGGCAAAUUCAGACUGCAUAUAACUGCACUGGAUGUGAUCGCACCGCAUGCCAGAUAUAAGCUAUGGAUCAAGCCGAAUGGCGAGAUGCCAUUCUUGUAUGGAGGGAACGUUGUGAAAGCACAUGUUGGAAGGUGGAGCGAAGAUUGUCCUGAGCAUUCCGGGGUGGUUAUUCUGGCGAUGGAUGACACGCCGCUUGGGUUUGGCGUUACUGCGCGGUCGACCGCCGAGGCGAGGAAGUUGGAACCUACUUCAGUUGUGGCAUUCCGACAGGCAGACGUGGGCGAGUACCUGCGAGAAGAAGACACGCUGUUCACGACUUGA